GGCGGCGGUCCGGUCCGGCCUGCUGGGCGGGAAAAAGAUAAAGGUCGCUGAACUUGAUUUCGAAUCAUGAUGCAGCAGCGAGCGGUGCUGACCAUUGCAGGCUCAGACUGCAGCGGUGGAGCUGGUAUUCAAGCGGAUCUCAAGACGUUCACUGCCAACGGAUGCUACGGAGCCAGUGCUAUUACGGCCUUGGUUGCAGAGAAUACCGUAGGCGUUCAGGAUGUCUUUCCUUCGCCCCCGCUGUUUGUUGUCCGACAGAUUUUAUCUGUACUCCAGGAUAUCAACAUGGACGCGCUAAAGACUGGGAUGCUCUUCGAUGCAGAGAUAACCAAAGCUGUUGUUCAUGCGUUGAAGACGCACUACGGAGGGAAUGUUCCUCCCCUUGUGUGUGACCCGGUUUGCGUCUCGACUUCGGGACACUCCCUUUUGAAUCCGGAUGCGAUAGACGUUAUGAUCAACGAGCUUUUUCCUCUCGCGACACUGAUUACACCAAACAAAUCUGAGGCCGAGUUGUUGUUGGCUCACGGAAGACCUGGAGCCUACCCCGGUAUCAGUACUCUAGAGGAUAUGUAUCAGGCUUGCAAGGAUUUUUUCACCCAGUUCAGUCCGGGUCCCAAAGCGAUUUUGCUGAAGGGAGGACACGUAACGGCAACUGUCACAGAUGUAGAGCGAGUAUCCUCUGCAUAUCCUGAAAUUAGUGUUGUCCGGGACGGCCUUUUCGGCGAAAACAUGGAGAUCCUGCAGGUCGGGAGGGACCUUUCGGGAACGGAACUUGUCGUUGACAUGCUUUAUGAGAAUAACGGUUCUGUCACUAUUCUGUCGAGGCCGAGAAUCGAGUCUACCAGUACACAUGGGACAGGAUGUACGUUAAGUGCAGCUAUCGCUUGUGGUUUGGCGCAGGGAUUGUCUCUUCUUGAAGCCACGAAAGUGGGCGCUUCGUAUACCCAUAUGGGUAUUGAGAACGCUGUCCCCUUUGGGAAGGGUCAUGGCCCACUGAAUCACCUUCAUUCCAUCACUAAGAUAUCAAUACCUAGGUCUACUCCUAGUAAUCCGUAUCCGUUCACCAAAUUUCUCAUUCAAGAGAAUAUUGGUAUAUGGAAGGACUACGUGGAACACGAUUUCGUCAAACAGCUUGCUCAAGGUAUCUUGGGGCGAGAACAUUUUGUGCAUUUCGUCAAACAAGAUUAUCACUAUCUCAAAUACUAUGCUCGUGCCUAUGGUCUCCUCGCCGCAAAAUCAACGACUUUCUCCGCGAUAGAGUCAGCAACACAGACGAUACUCAACGUUUUGCACGAGAUCGGAAAUCACACUGCGUUCUGCGCUCGUUUUGGUAUCACCGCGGAUGAGUUGGAAUCGACGGAAGAGUCGGCGGCGACAAUGGCCUAUGGAGGUUAUUUAUUGGAUAUCGGGUUACAGGGUGAUAGGGUAAAGCUCCUGAUGGCUUUGCUCGCAUGUCUCCUGGGGUACGGAGAAGUCGGACUCUGGAUCAAGAAGGAGGCAGCCAAGCCAGGUUCUCCAGCAAAGCUCGAAGGAAAUCCAUACCUUCAUUGGAUAGAGGACUAUUCGGGGCCUGACUAUCAGAAAGCGGUUAAACUGGGAAUGGAAACUAUCGAGGCGUGCGCCAUGGCUGACCCGCCUUCGCCUGCUAGGUAUAAAGAUUGGUGUGAAGUGUGGCGAAAGUGUACGAAGCUGGAAAAGGGAUUUUGGGAUAUGGCGAUGCAGAUGUCAUGACUGUGAUCACUUCGAUGAACGAGAAUAUAGUUAUAGAGUAAAUACAGCAGCAGAAAGUACAAAUGUAGACUCGACUCGGGACUCGGCAUUGGCGAUUUUUGCUUUGCACAUGACUUUCACGUGUCUCAGACGGCCACCAAUCACGCUCUU